GCCAAAGAACACCAUGUCCCACAAUGCAAAGCUCAAUGUUGACACGCAACAAUGGCGGCUUCCGAUGUAAGCGUGGAAAGUGUAAGAGGACUGUUAAACGAGAGGUUAACAAAUCUGGGAUUUGAAGUUUACCCGUUAAAGAUUGGCUGGUACAACUCUGUGCUACCUCCCACCCUGCACCUGUCGUAUCCAGAUGACACCCUGGCUGUGGUGGUGCUCAGCACUCCCGCCAUGUUUGAAGAGGCCUUUCUGCCUUUCCUGGAGCAGAGGUGCUACCAGGGGCUUAAUGACCCCAUAGACCAAUGUGUUAGAAAAUGCAUCACCUCUGCUGUCUCUCAGUGUUUUCCAGGAGAGAAGGUGGAUGUGAGGUACGACUAUGAACUACUGCCCAGCAGGAAGCCCAAGUUCUUGGCCCAGACUGCAGCUCACGUAUCAGGAGCAGCUUUUUACUACCAAAAGGCUGAUGUGACGGAGCAGCCCUGGGCUGAAAAAAAAAUGUUUGGAGUGUGUGUGCAUCCGCGGUUUGGGGGCUGGUUUGCCAUCCGAGCUCUGUUGGUGUUUGGAGAUGUCACGGUGGGCUCUGAGCUGGCGCAGCCUGUUCCUCCUGACUGUGUGCCAUCCAGAGAGGGCAGGAUAAAGCUGCUAGAGGCUUUUAACUUUCGCUGGCAGGAUUGGAGCUACCGUGACAUUAUCAGUCCAAUCCAGACCUACUCUCAGAAACAGAGGGACUAUUUCUCCACCCCGCCUGCUAAGCGUUUGGCUCUGCUCAGGGCUUGGGGCUAUCUGCCAAGUGACAAUAAUCAACCUGAGCCCACCUCGGACACACAGAGUCAAGAAAUUGGACAUGGGUGAAUUGUGGAAGCACCGCCUGUCCUUUCUGAAUGCACACCUCUGCUGUAUUUCCAGAAUUUAAAUUAAGUCUUGGUUGAAGACCCUUUAAUCAAACAGCUUCUUAUUGAGACCAAAGCUGGGAUUUUAAUUUAAGCUCGACUUUUUGGUGGAAGCUUCUUUUUCAGGGUUGAAUAUGUGUUUGAUUCUUUGUUUUGUUUUUUUCUUGAAAGUUUAACACUACUGAAAAUAUCAGUAACAUAUCAGGUUCCUCUUUCUCUUGUAUUAUUAGGUAAUAGCUGAUAUUAUUGAGUGGAUUUUUGCUGAGUAGUAUUCUGUUCAGGAAAGCAGAAUUUACCGUCUGAUGUGCUUUUGCAAAGUAAUGCACUUUAGUUUUUGUUGUGUCCUAUCGGAAAAUAGAGAAUGUGAGUGUCCAAGUAGCAACAGGAAGGUUUUGCUUCACAUUUUGAAUGACUCGAGUUCAAACUUGAGUUAAGCCAUGUGUCAUCAGCAUGUUUAAUCUGCAUGCAAGUGCCUUGAUUAAAAAAACACUAUUGUUUUUCUGUAAAAUGUUUUUAUUUGAUUUAACAGUGAAAAAAUGAAAGUUGAGACUAAAUAGCAACAUUAGUUUGUUUGUGAGCAGAAUGACUCAAAGAGUUGCUUGAAUAUUACUUUUUUUUGUCCAGAGAUCAGACUUAACCCAACAAACUGAGAAAUAUCUGAAGGAUUCUUUAACAAUGCUAGUUCUUGUGUUAUGUCUUUCUCUAUGUUCUUUUCAUGCUUGCGUGGAUUCUCUGUGGAUACUAAAGCCUCCUCUCACAGUCCAAAGAGAUGCACGGGGUUAGUGUAAUGGAACUCUAAACUGGCCCUAGGUGUGAAUGUGAGCAUGAAUGGUUGUCUGUCUCUGUUUUAGCCGUGUGACAAACUGGUGAUGUCAGCUGGGAUAGUCACCAGCCUCACACGACCCUGAACUCUGAAUUGCAUAAGCAGAAGACAACGUAUUGAUGAUAUAUGACAAUAUAUUCCUUCUGGAUCCAAGAAGGAUGUAAACAUGUAUAUAUGCCAUCCAUGCAUGCAGUCUUUGUGCAGGGCUUUGAGAAAAAUAUUGAUCACAUCUGUAGUUUUUUCCAGAGCAAUGUACUUGUUGGAGCGUGUUUCUUUAAUAACCAGAACAAUCAGUCAUUCUUUGAAUUAUUUGAGGUUUAUAGUUCAAACUGAAUGAACCUACCUGCAGAAAAUCAACGAUGAAUAUUGCAGCACAAAGUCCGAAAUUAUUAUUUUGUUAAAACAAACAAAGAAAAAAAAAUCCAUCCAGUCA